AUGAACGUGAUAUUCCAAGACACGCUUAGACCAUCACUGAACUCCAGUCAUUCACAAUCGUCAGCAGUAACACAGUCGUUUUGUACCUCACGACAAUUUGUGGACCAACUAAAACGCUUCAUUCAAGUGAAUGAUCCACCAUCUGCAGCUCCAUCAUCUUCUGGUCUUAGUCUUUCAGAUGUUGGUUUCCUAUUAUUACGUCUCAAAGAUCAGUUGUUGUCGAGUGCAUAUUUUCCUGCUGAAUUUGUUUCUCGUCCCUAUAACGGUAUUGACGUGUUAGUAAAGGUUGUAGUUGUACUACAAAACAUUGUCAAUUCAGCCGGGUCAUCAUCAAAACUUUCGAGCCUCUUAACGCGUACAAAUUCGUCGGCUAGUCGAAGACGAAAAGCUGCUGUAUCUGUUCGUCUGAGUGUUACCAAAAUAUUUAAGCCAAAUGCAUGGAAUUCCCUGUUGGAUAAUCCAACUAAUCUUGAUGUUAUCCUGUAUUCUGUUCACAGUCCUCAGUUGGAUUCUAAAUGUUAUGCUUUGGAGAUUAUCAUACUGCUUUUGGAUCAACCACAUGGAUUCAUCGUUCUAUUCCGGUCGUUAUCCUAUAUUGCAGCACGAAAUCGUGAUUUUUUGCGCCUAAGCAUAUUUAUAUCACAGCUCAAACACGGUUUACAUACAUCAAAGCUUCACAUUCAGAUUCUCGUAGUACGUUUACUCAACAAAUUGCUUCAACAAGCGCCGUCGGCUGCACAUCGUAUUAUGGCUCAAACAGAUGCAAUUUUAUCAAAUUUUUCACCUGAACAUCUUGAAAAGGGACAAACUUCUGUGACAAAGAACAUAGAACGUCAACGGUUAAAGCGGAAUGGCGAGGGCUAUGGUGCUAACAACCAUCUAUCAUCCCGUUUGCUGCUUAGAUUGUUAUUUCGACAGGAAUCUUGCAGUUUUAGUCUUUUAGGUUACCCACCAUCGCGUUUUGAGCGCAUUGAGCGUUUCGAUAGACCUGAAUUUGGUGGUAUGAGGCGAGCAAAAAGUGAAAGUGCUAUGGCAAUGGAGGAUGAAACUCUUACAAGAUGUUUAAAGCAGCAAGAUGAGUUCCCAGAUUGCCGACAGGUAGAGCUAUCUUCAAAACUUAGUCGGAGCAUCCACGACCUUUCGAGAGAUCAAACACUCACAGAGAUAAGGCCAGGAUCUGCAACAAUGACCAGAUCGCUUCGAAGAAACAAUUCUCCUCCAAGGGCCAGAUUUGCGGAGCCAUUAGUAGAUAAUAAACCUGCAGCUAUUCAAGGCUUUAGUUAUCUAUUUCCGAAGCAACCAGUAAUAAGUAGCGUUUCUACGAGACAACGAGCUCGAACGCCUGAUCCUUAUGGCGAAAAUGAAGGUGUCACAUUUGAGUCUCCCCGGUCCCCCGAUUACUCUUCUAGUGCGUACCCAGUGCCGGCAAAAACAAAUGACCAUUUAGAAAAGGUUCAACAGUCAUACGUUCUAGAUACUUUCUUAGUGGUGUACAUUCCUAUUAACACGCCAAAUGAUGACGGAUCGACCAGCUUGCGAAGUCGACUAAGGAGUCCUGGAAGUUACACAGGAACGAUCGGUGAUGAUGUAAAAGAUGCUUUGAGCCAAUUUGACUACCUCAACGACUAUGACGUGGCAAGCACUAAAUGUGCUUCAACUACAUAUCAUUUUUAA